GUUCUCUUUGGCAGCACAAAACGUCCCCAGUUUCUACUCUGGUGUCUCCAGUCAAACUACAAAAGAUCAUUUGUCUGAAACCCUGGAGAACCCAAACCGGCCCACAGUCAGGUUCACACAAAACAACUACUAGCCUGGGAUCACAUUAUGGCUUGAAGGAUGGUGUGAACCCAAGGCAGAUGGAGCCUAUGCAACAAGUUGUGAUCAAAACCAAUGUCACCUAGCACAAUGCAUCCAGGCAGAAUAAGCAAUGUUGACCUAGAUCAGGGCUAGCAACCUUGGUUCUUUUAUGACUCGUGGACUCAGGAAUUCUGGGAGUUUAAGUCCACGAGUCAUAAAAGAGCCAGGGUGGCCUACCUCUGACCUAGAUGGACUCAAUGCAGCACAACUAAAUACCUCAUUUGCUUUGCACCAUAUUUAGCCAUGUGGAAGUAAAGUUGGAAGUGAGCUUGCUACAAGAUGCAUUCACAAAUGACGCCAUCCAGGAAUAUGGCUUGAUGCUCUUGAAUGAGAUCAUUCGUGAAUACAUCUUGUUUUCCACCUUGCCCGUAAAAAUUAGCUAGGAAACCUGUGGAUUUUUACAUAUAUGCAUUUUUUUUUUCAAAAAGGCUUAGAGACUCACUAUGUGAUGGGAGCAGCUUAUAUCCGACCUCAUAAUCAAAACAUAACUGCUCCUUUGCUGGACUGGUGCUUUGGGGAACGAGCCAGCCUGCUUCUCUUGGGGAUAGGAUAAAAUUGGAAUGAUUAAACCAGAAGUACUCCCUCUGGAAAUUCCACCCAUCAUGAAUAAGACAAGUCAGCAGCGGUUCAAAGAGGAAACGGAGCUCAUCCGAAACAUCCAAGAGCUCCUGAAAAGGACAGUGAAGCAAGCUGUUAAUCAGAUGCAGUUAAAUCGGGACCACAAGCAGGUCUGCGAGAUGGAUUGGUCUGACAAGGUCGAAACCUACAACAUUGACGAGAAAUGCGGGCGAUACAGCAACCAGAGCACCAACAUUCAGUUCCAUCCCAGCUCCUCCAAGUUUGAGGACAGUGCUUCCACCCCAGAGACGUGGGCCAAGCACAGCCACGACAACAUCUACCGGGCUGAGCGAGAAAGGUUGGCAUCCGUCAACCUCCGUGCCCUGGUUGACAACAUCCUCCAUGACACAGCCGAGGACCUGCGCCUGCAGUGUGACGUGGUGAACCAGGCCUUUGCCAAGCGCUGUGAGGAGCUGGAGGAUGCCAAGCACAAGCUGGAGCACAGCUUACGAAAAACCCUCCAGGAGAUUGGGCACCAGGAGCACAACAUUCAGGCACUGAAGCAAGCUAUUAAGGACAAAGAAGCACCCCUCAAAGUAGCCCAGACUAGGCUUUAUGAUCGCUCCUUUAGGCCCAACGUGGAUCUGUGCAGAGAUGCCGCCCAGUUCAGGCUCAUCAGUGAAGUGGAAGAACUGACCGAAUCCAUUGAAUCUCUGAAGAAGAAACUGCUGGAAUCUGAGCAAAGCCUCCAUAAUCUGGAAGACAGCCGGAUGCAUCUGGAGAAGGAGAUCGCUGUGAAAACCAACAGCCUUUUUAUCGACCGGCAGAAAUGCAUGGCCCACCGUACCCGAUACCCAACUAUCCUGAAAUUGGCAGGCUAUCAGUAAGAUGUUGUCGCUGGAAAUGAAGUGAGCUACCAGUUUUGGUUUCUGAAAGUUCUGCUUUCCUAAAAAUGUUGUUCGUGGCUGAAGAUGUCCUCCUUUAGUCUUGUAAACCCUUCUUAACCCUUCUGGGAUAAAUUAAAAUAUAGCAUUGUUGUGGAA